AUGCCGUCACUCUCUCAAUCUUUCAGAAUAGCUGUUCUGCCUAGAGUGUCGUCCCUAUCUAACUUCGAUGUUCAGGCGAAUAAUCUGCAAGUAGCCGGCGACAUUGAGCCCAUCUCUAAUAAGAUAACCAUUGGAAUUUCUGAGUCGGCAAUAUCACAAUAUGUUUUGAAUCCUACCCCCAAAUUAGUGCUGAGCGUUCCAAUACCAUCCACUACAAUGGUAACCGCCUGUGACGUGAGCCAGACCAGCGAUGCACAGCAAACAACAGAUAUAUGGUGCUAUUCUCUCCAGGCUGGAAAGGUCCACACUUUAAAUGUGGCCAGCAGAAAGGGGGAGGACGAAAGCCUGGCGAAUCUAGAGCUCGGUGCCAAGAUUAAGAUGAAGGACCAAGUUGUCGGCAUUCGGAUCAACGCUAAGGAUAAAGCUAUUGUAGUAGUGCUGAAAUGUGGCCUGAUUCAGUUUUAUGACUUCCAGUUGACGUUGCUGCACUCGUUGGAUAUGUCCUAUCCUGAUGUUGGCUUUAUAAAGUUCUUCCAGGAGCAUAAAAAGGACUUCUUAUUCGUCUUGUGCAGUUUACCAGGUAAUAAAAUAUGCUUCAAGCUUUUUGAGUUGAAUUUGCCCAAUUACAACCAGGUACCAGUCAAGGAGUUGAGCUCGGUAACUUUGGAGGACUUUUCGCUAAAAGAGUCAAAGAUUUGCUACCAGUCUGGUAGGCUCUACAGAUUGGUUAAUAACAAGGUGCUAACUUAUGCUCUUCCACAAUGCCAGCUGGUACAAACGGCUGAGCUUCCCAUGGUAAAAGAAGCGGCUGUCAUCUCCAUUCAGCCUAUUUCGACCAAUAGGAUUUUGGUUACAGCUGACAAUAAGGUAUUUCUAUUGGAUCUCUCUCACAACUCCACUCUAUUCUCUAGAGAACUGUCCCAUCUAAAGACUUUUCAAUUACUCAAAUCUGCAGUCAUCGACUCUCACGAACAAUCUGCGAGUUCCAACCAGAGGACGUUCGCUAUCGGUGUCGGUACCAAGAGCGGCAAGAAUCCUACCUCAUCGUUAGAGAUCAUAAACGUGGAUGUCGGAACAGGCACUCUCAAAGAUUCGCUAGGUAAGGGGUUUAACGUGUCUAAUGAACCCUCUUCCCAUGCAUUAAAACCGCUGUUCAGCGACGAUGAAGGUGAAAUUGAUGAAGACGAACGGAAUCUUCGAGACUUCAAUUUUAAGGCAAUUUAUCAAACUCUGGAGAGAAACACCAAUAGCGUGUCUUCUUUCGAUCGAAUUUUCCAACGUGAGCUCAAUAUAGAAAAGGAACAUUACACAGAAGCAGACAGAUUCAUAUGUGACGUCGAGUUUCUGAGCAAGGUAGUGCAUCUUAUAUUGAAAAAUUUCAAAGAGGAAUAUCCAAAGGCAUUAACAUUUUUGCUCACUCAUCCACUAUUUCCAGUUGAUUGUACGCCCAAUUUGUUUGCACGACUAAGGGAGCAUCCAAGACUCUUCAAGCAAGCCAUUGUAACGUGUCCUAACCUGCCUCUGAAGGAGCUUCUUUCUGAGCUGUUUUCUAUUAGAAACAGAGAGCUGUCGUUAGAUAUCUCGAUAAGAAUCCUUCAAGAUUACACAAGUGACAUGAUUAAACAGGAGAUGAAAGGGCUGAGCAAGGUUGACAUACAGAAUUUUAUCGAUUUCAUAAUAUCCUCCCGCGACGACGAGGUCAUACGAAACAGUCGCCAGCUAUUUCAGCUUCUAUCUCUCGUCCUCGACUCUAUUGGUCUUUUUGCUCUGGAUCUUCUGCUAUUAAAUCGUCUCUCUGAGUACAUCGACAGCCGAGUCGUCAUUGCUGAAAGAAACAGCAAGCUAUGCGAUUUAAUUGAUGAUAGACAAAGCUCCCGCGGGUACUAUAAAUCCGGGACUUAUGCGACCGGCACACAGGGGGAAGCAGCUCCAAAAUAUCAAGUCGAAUUUUUGGAGCUUUCAUAG